AUGCUGCCAAGAGCCGUGAUCUUUCCAGGUCUCACAUCAAUCUGCAUUGAUGAGCAUAACGCGUCUCUGAGUUGUGAGCAACGCGCUGCGCUUCACACACUUCCAAGCAACACUACAUUUGAGCCCAACGAGCAACACGGCGACAAACAUAUCCCACCCACAACCUGCAAAUACCUGCUCCACGCUCGUCUCUUCGUGCAUGACCAACUACACCCCCCUCCUCUGUUCAUCAGUGUAGCUCCCAGCAUAAGCUCAGAUCCGACAGCACCAGUAGCUGUUCCUCGUGUUCCUUCCACACGCCUCGCUAAGCUUCACUUGACCGGAUACACACUCCUGCGUCGGUUCCGCCACAUUCGGGAUCUUAUCGCGUAUCAUCCAUCGCAACGGCCGUCGUCGAAUUUCCGCUCGUCGGAAGUCGCACCGCUUGCAACCACUGCACUUGGCGGCGGCAUUUCCACUUCCCCCGGGGGUUUCACCCCCAGUCUUUUCCCCGCGUCUUCCGCCGCUGCGCCGAUGGACUUCCGCGGGCAGUCGGAGACCGGCGGUGGGUCGGGCGGAGGCGAGGGGGCGCGGUCGGCCCUUCCGCUGCUCAACUUCGGCAUGGGGUCGUCGGGGCUCAUGGCGUCGUCCGACCUCAUGGGCUCGCUGGGCGGCGCCGCCGGCGACGCCCCCCCGGCGGGGCCGCUGGGUGUGGCGCCGGGGAAGGGGCCCGCCGGCGGAGCGACGGCGGGGGAGCGGCGAAAUGUCGACUCGUUCUCGCUCGUUCCGACCGCCCCCGCGCGCACCCCGCCGCUCAUGGCUUCCGCCGGCAACGCGCCCGACGGCGGCGCUGGCCAAGCGAACCAAUCAACGGGCGCUGUCGCGCCGAAGACGGAGAACGGCGCAGGCGGCGCGGGAAGCGCGGGGGUGGUGGCACGCAGCGAUGGCAGCGAUGGGGAGCAGGGCGCGAGAAGCGGGCGCGACGAGCAAGAGCAGGGCGGCGAGGACGGCGCGGACGACGGCAUGGGAAUGGACGGCGCGGGCCGGCCGGUGGGCAUGCGGAGCGGGGGCCGUGUGGGGUCGAGCCGGUACGAGUCGCAGAAGCGGCGCGACUGGAACACGUUCGGGCAGUACCUGAAGAACCACCGGCCGCCCGUGGCGAUGUCGCGGUGCAGCCCGCAGCACGUGGUGGAGUUCCUGCGCUACCUCGACCAGUUUGGCAAAACCAAGGUCCACGCUGACGCGUGUCACUUCUACGGGCUGAGCGGCCCGCACCCGUGCGCGUGCCCCAUGAAGCAGGCGUGGGGCAGCCUCGACUCGCUCAUCGGCCGCCUGCGCGCCGCGUACGAGGAGAACGGCGGCAAGCCCGAGAACAACCCCUUCGCCGCGCGCAUCGUGCGCGUGUACCUGCGCGACACGCGCGAGCAGCAGGGCAAGGCGCGCGGCAUGUCGUACGAGAAGAAGAAGCGCAAGCGCCAAGGCGCGCAGCCGCAGGCGCCGCCCCCCAGUCAGCCGCAGGCGAUGCAUGGCGGAGCGGGGGACGGCGGAAGGGGCGGCGACGGCGGCAGCAGCAGCAAGGACCAGGUGGGGACGUUCUCCCCGCCCGCCGUGGAAAGCGGCGUGAGGCACGGCCAGAACGACGCCACCGUCGCUGGCAGAGGCGGUGCGGGCGUUGGGGGGGGACUGGGCGCGGGGAGCCUGCAGGAGCAGCGCGGAUUGGGGCACCUGCUGGGGGCCGGGGGGAACGCGCUGAUGCCCAUGGGGGGAGGCCAGGGCGCACCCGGCAGCAUUCAGCAGACCCAGCAGCCAUCCUCGCUGCUAUCACUCCCUCGGCUGCUGAUGGGGCAGGGCGCGGGAGCCCCCGGCGCUACGGACCUGCUGGGGCAGGUGGCGGGGCUGCAGGCCCUGCCGCCCGAAGCCAACCUGCUCGGCCAGCUGCUGCUCUCGCAGGCGCUGGGCGGCGCGGCGGGCGGCAUGCCCAAUGGGAAGCCUCUGGGGGGCGGGGCGAUGGGGGGGAUGGGCAGCAACAACGGUGGUGUGGGAAUGCAGAACGGCAGCGGCCUUGUGCACAGCACCCCGCAGGUUCAGAGAUCCGACAGCCAGCCUUUUCUCGUGCUCGCCGGCUUGCGACGCACACGCAUGGCUCCCUUUCGCCGCAUCACUCGCUGCGUGCUCGCGCCGCGCGCACUACUGCUGGCGCUCGCGGUUCUGGCAGUCGGCGCGCACAGCAAGCGCGUGAAGCGGCGGCAGCAGCCGGCGGCGAGCGCGCGUGGCGACGAGGGGCCGGUGGAGUCGUCCGUCUUCGCGCGCCGCCUCGUUACCGCCGACGUGUCGUAUCGCGACAUUCUCAAGGAGCACGCGCGGUACUGGAAGGACACGGCGCACCGCCACUUCAACGGCACCGUGCUCGCUUACGUCACUCCCUGGAACGGCGCAGGCUACGACAGGGCACGGCAGUUCCGCCGCAAGUUCACGCACAUCUCGCCCGUCUGGUUCCAACUCAAACGAGAGGGUGGCAAGCUGCGGGUGGCGGGCGGGCAUGACGUGGACGUGCCGUGGAUGGACUCCGUGCGCCAGGAUGGCGCUCAGGUGGUGCCACGUGUGCUGCUGGAGGCACAUGACACGUCAGUCAUCGUCAGCUCUGAUGAGGACGCAUCGGAGGCCAUCCGUCUCAUACUUGACACCUGCAGGCAGCACCAUCUGGACGGGGUGGUGUUGGAGGCGUGGUCCACAUGGACGGCCACGGGGCUGCUCGCCUCGCCCCCCCUGCGCACGCGCGCCCUCGCCUUCCUCUCCCGCCUCGGCACCGCCCUACACGCCACGCCCAACCCCGCCUCGCCCACCACGCACCUCUCCUUCUUCCUCGUCAUUCCCCCCAACGCCGCCGCCGCCCUUCCCCCCGAGCAGCAGCGCACCCUCCCUGCGCACGCAUUCACAGCGGGGGAUCUAGCAGCGCUGCACGCGCACGUGGACGGGUUCUCCCUCAUGACGUACGACUUCUCCCCCCCCUCGCACCCCGGCCCCACCGCCCCCCUGCCGUGGGUGCGGCUGUGCCUGCAAGCGCUGCUGCCGGGGGUCACGCCGCGGUAUGCCGGCGCGUAUGGCGAGGGCAUGGGGGUGGGCGACGCGGAGUGGCAGGAGGAGCUACGGCGAGGCCGCGAGCUGAGGAGCUUUGUGGGGGAUGAGGAGGAGAAGGAGGAAGAAGAAGGGGAGGCAGAGGAGGGCGGGGUGGGAGGAGGAGAUGUGAGGGAGAUGGCAAGGAAGGUGUUGGUGGGACUCAACUUCUAUGGCUAUGAGUACGGGCCUAAUGAGGACUACCGCCCGCUGCUGGGCAGGGACGUGGUGGAGGUGCUGCAGCGCUACCAGCCGAAAGUAACGUGGGACCCAGACGCGCGCGAGCACGCUGUCUCCUUCACCGCACGCCCCUCGGGCAUCCGUCGCGCCGCCUUCUUCCCCUCGCUGCUCUCGCUCGCCCUGCGCAUGCGCGAGGCCAGUGCGUGGGGCGCGGGGCUGUCGGUGUGGGAGAUCGGGCAGGGCAUGGACUACUUCUUUGAUCUGCUCUAG